AUGUGAUGAUUCCUGAGUCUCAUUUCCCGUUUUUUUUCUUUUAUUUUGCCAGUUGGCCACGGACAGAGCGAUGGUGACAGGAUGACGGUAUCCGACUUCCAUGUGUUUGUCAGGGACGGCCUUCAGCACGUGGACCUGAUGCGGAAGGAGCACCCAAAUGUACCGCUGUUUAUCUGUGGACACUCCAUGGGGGGCGCUAUUAGCAUUUUGAUGGCCAACGAGAGGCCAGCUGAAUUCUCCGGCAUGAUCCUGAUAUCACCGCUGGUGUUGCCUAACCCGGAGUCGGCUUCUUCUUUCAAGGUGUUUGCAGCUAAAAUCCUGAACCACGUUCUGCCAAAUUUUUCUCCCUCGGCGGUAUUGACCCCAACUAUUUGUCUCGGAAUAAACAGGAGGUGGAGUGUUAUGCCACUGACCCCUUGGUCUACCAUGGUGGGAUAAAGGUUUGCUUUGGAGUGCAGCUCCUGAACGCCACGGCCCGGGUGGAGAAGGCACUUCCACACCUCAAGCUGCCCCUGAUAUUGUUUCAUGGCACCGCCGACAAGCUUUGUGAUUUCAAAGGCUCUCAGUUCAUGAUGGACAUCGUCCCCAGCGAAGAUAAAACACUGAAGGUGUAUGAAAACGCUUUCCACGCUUUGCACAAAGAACUUCCUGAGGUGACAAAUGAGGUGUUCCAGGAGAUCAAGAGCUGGAUCCUUCAAAGGCUAGAGGCGUCCACAUCAGCUCCAGCAACAACAGAACAGCCAAAAUGUACUUAA